UCUUACCGAUGUUAGUUCAAGGAAUUAUCCAUUGCCCCAUGGUGGCCCUGCUCCUUCUCCUGUCAACCGUAUCCGGAUCCCCCGCCCGAGGACAUCACCAUCACCGAGACUGUCGCAGCUAUAAGGAUAUCGCCCGAAUCGUCAAUCCCAAUCAAUACGCUUUCCCAGGAUCUCGCAUUUAUCCGGACCAACCCUUCUGGCCAUUUGGAAAGGAAUAACAAUAUUUUAUUU